AUGACGACGUUACGGCCGUUCAACUGCGACGAUUUGUUCAAAUUCAACAAUAUCAACAUGGACCCUUUGACCGAAACAUACGGGAUCCCAUUCUACCUGCAGUACUUGGCCCACUGGCCAGAGUACUUUAUCGUCGCCGAGGCUCCAGGAGGCGAACUCAUGGGAUACAUCAUGGGGAAGGCUGAAGGCUCCGUGGCGCGAGAAGAGUGGCACGGCCACGUCACCGCGCUGUCCGUGGCGCCUGAGUUCCGCCGGCUGGGACUGGCCGCCAAACUCAUGGAGAUGCUGGAGGAGAUCUCGGAGAGGAAAGGCGGAUUCUUCGUGGACCUGUUUGUGCGCGUGUCCAACCAGGUGGCGGUCAGCAUGUACAAACGUCUGGGUUACAGCGUCUACAGGACCGUCAUCGAGUACUACUCUGCAAGUAACGGCGAACCGGACGAAGACGCUUACGACAUGAGGAAGGCUUUGUCCAGAGACACGGAGAAGAAGUCCAUCGUCCCCCUGCCGCAUCCCGUCAGGCCGGAGGACAUCGAAUAA